GGUGACAUCAGCGCCAUGUCGGACAGCGCUGCGCCGGAGAACGGCCCGGCGCCGACGGCGGCGCGCGCCGUCUACGGCUUCCUGCUGCUGGUGGCGAGUGCGCUGGCGGCCGCCUUGUACCUGGCAUGGGCGCUGCUACCACCUGCCUGGCCGCGCGCCCUCGGCCUCGACUACUGGCCGCAGCGGCUGUGGGCGCUGACGGUGCCGACGGCGCUGCUGUCCGCCCUGCUCCUCUUCGUGCUUGUCAUCUACCCGCUGCUGGGCUUGCUGGACGUGCCGGGCUUGGACGACCCGCGCGUGCACACGGACGAGCACAGCCUGCCGCGGCGUGCGGCGCCGGCCGGCGGCGGCAUCGCGCCCGUCUACGACGUCCCGCUGAGCGAGGUGUGUCGCCGGCUCUACAUGGACGGCGGCCGGCGCGGCGGCGCCGGCGACGGUGACGGGCGUGCCACGACCGGCCGGUGACGGUGAUGGAGACGGUGACGGGCGUGCCACGGCCGGCCGGUGACGGUGAUGGUGACGCCGGGCAUGCGCAGGACGCGGGUCGCCGUUAAUCCUCCCCU